UCCAUUAAACGGGGCGGCACACCCAAUUCUGCAUAUAAACCAGGGGUGCAGAUUAACCCCUUUCAUCAUCAGGAUCAUACAGCAACCAUGAUUUCUCUGGUCUUUGUUCUGCUCAUUGGAGCCGCUUUUGCCACGGAGGACGACAAGAUCGUUGGAGGGUAUGAGUGCAAGGCCUACUCCCAGCCCCACCAGGUGUCUCUGAACUCUGGGUACCACUUCUGUGGUGGCUCCUUGGUCAAUGAGAACUGGGUUGUGUCUGCAGCUCACUGCUACAAGUCUCGUGUGGAGGUGCGUCUGGGCGAGCAUAACAUCCAGGUGACUGAGGGUAACGAGCAGUUCAUCUCUUCUUCCCACGUCAUCCCUCACCCCAACUACAGCUCCUAUAACAUCAACAAUGACAUCAUGCUGAUCAAGCUGAGCAAGCCCGCCACCCUCAACACCUUCGUGCAGCCUGUUGCUCUGCCCAGCAGCUGUGCCCCCGCUGGCACCAUGUGUACCGUCUCUGGAUGGGGCAACACCAUGAGCUCCACUGCUGACAGCGACAAGCUGCAGUGCCUGAACAUCCCCAUCCUGUCCUACAGCGACUGUAACAACUCCUACCCUGGCAUGAUCACCAACGCCAUGUUCUGUGCUGGAUACCUGGAGGGAGGCAAGGACUCUUGCCAGGGUGACUCCGGUGGCCCAGUGGUGUGCAACGGUGAGCUCCAGGGUGUUGUGUCCUGGGGUUACGGCUGUGCCGAGCCCGGUAACCCCGGUGUCUACGCCAAGGUGUGCAUCUUCAACGACUGGCUGACCAGCACCAUGGCCACCUACUAAAUCUGCUUGGUCGUCCAGUACAUUCGCACAACUCUACAACAUCCCGUUCCACAUCAACAUACAUCUUUUGUACAGGAGAUUAUACAUUAUUUAUGUUUAUGAUAAAUAAAGCAUUUAACACUAAA